AUGACAGAUCUUGCGUCUUUGAAAGUAGUUGAAUUACGUGCUGAACUUAGCAACCGCAACUUGUCUACCAAAGGAAAAAAGAAUGAACUAGUAGCUCGUUUGACUGAAGCGAUGGAAGCAGAACACGCAACUCAUGAUGGAACUGGCAAUAAUGAACAAGCUAUGAGUAAAGAAGAAGAAAAAGCUGAUAAAACAGAAAAAGAAGAAAACGCACAACCAACAGAAGAGCUAUCAGUAAAUGAAACAGAGGUCUUGGAGCCCAAUAAAGAAAGUGAUAAAAAAGACGAUAAAAAAGAUAAUGAAGUGGUAGAGAAGAAAGGUGAAGUAGUAAAGCAAUCUGUAGAAAACGAUAAGCAAGAAGAAGCAAAAGAGAGAGUAAAUGAAAAAGAAGUUCAGCAAUUAGCUGAAGAAAAGCUGAAUGAAAAAGCACAGGAGACAAAAGAAACACAAGAGCCCAAGGAAGCUCCUGUUACUGAAGAGAAGGAAUUUGUUGAUAAGAAAGAACCUGUUGAAAAGAAGGAGUCAAGCUCUAUGGAAAUUGAAUCGGAAAGGAGAACAAAAAGAAAAGGAGAAUAUAAUGAGAAUGCAGAAGAAAAGCGCAUGAAAAGAGAAGAAGAUAAUGAAAUCAUCAGCUCUGCUAUUAUCGUCAAAGGAUUCGUCCGUCCCUUAAUUAUUCGUCAAGCACAAGACUUGUUUGCAAAAUAUGGCAACAUUAAAAGAUUCUGGAUGGAUUCCAUAAAGACGCAUUGUUAUGUUAUUUAUGAAACAAUAGAAGAGGCCAAGAAAGCAUAUAAUCAGGUAAAUGGUAUUAUUUUCCCUUCUGACACAGGAAGAAAACUUAUAGUUGGGGGUUUAACACCUGAACAAGCUGAGAGUCUAAUUGAAUAUGAACAAUCCGCCGCUGAGCAGCGUCUUCGUGUCAAUUGGGAGGAUAUCAUUCAGAAAGUAAAGGCAGGUGAACCCAUACCUUCCUCUCCAGCUUCAGACACAAGAAAGACUCGCUCGGUUGGUAUCGGACAAAUCGCAAAACAAUUAGCCCAAGCUGCAUCACCUCCAGAAAAGACAAAAACUGCCCAACCUGAACAUGUUCGGGAAGAGAAGCGGGGAUUAUCUUUGGAUGAUCUAUUCCAAAAGACUAAAACACUUCCUCAUCUUUACUAUUUGCCCGUUUCUGAAGAAGAAGCAAGAGCUAGACUUGAUCGAAUGAAAAGCUCAGCAUGA